AUGGCAUCCGCUGCUGCUGCCAAACGCCUCGAGGGCAAGACCGUGGUGAUCACCGGCGCCAGCUCCGGCAUUGGCCGCAGCACCGCGUUCGAGUUCGCCCGGACGGCGCCUCAGAACAACCUCAAGCUGAUCCUCACGGCCCGCCGUGUCGACACGCUCAACCAGAUCGCCGCCGACAUCAAGAAGGAGGUCGGCGAGGGCGUCAAGGUGCUGCCUGUCAAGCUCGAUGUCAGCAACCCCGAGGAGGUUCGCCAAUUCGUGCCCAACCUGCCCGCCGAGUUCAAGGACAUUCACGUGCUGGUGAACAAUGCAGGUCUGGUGAAAGGCAUGGCCAAGGCGCCUGAGAUUGCCGAGGAGGACGUCAAUGUCAUGUUCGCCACGAACGUCACAGGCCUCAUCAACAUGACCCAGGCCAUCCUGCCCAUCUUCAAGCAGAGGCCCAACGGCGGCGCGGGAGACAUCAUCAACAUCGGCUCCAUCGCUGGUCGUGAGCCCUACGCCGGUGGCAGCAUCUACUGCGCCACCAAGGCGGCCGUCCGGAGCUUCACAGACGCCCUUAGGAAGGAGCUGCUCGCGACUAGGAUCAGGAUCAUCGGUAUUGACCCGGGCCAGGUCGAGACGGAGUUCUCUGUCGUUCGCUUCUACGGUGACAAGGCGAAGGCCGAUGCCGUCUACGCCGGCGUGGACCCAUUGACUCCUGACGACAUUGCUGAGGUUAUCGUCUUCUCCGCCACGCGGAGGGAGAACGUGGUCAUCGCGGACACUCUGAUCUUCCCAUCACACCAGGGAGGAGCCGGGGCCAUGCACCGGAAGUCAUGA